UAAAAACCGGUUCAUAGCUGUUCAACCGCUUCGUCACAAAUUCAUAGUCGUGUUUAUAUAGCCGUUGCCAGAUUUCCUGAAAUACCCUACUCACAAUUCGCAGAAAAAACCCUAGUUACAAUUCGCUAUUUUUCUCUGAAAAAUCUCUCGAACGCACAACUCCUUCAUUAACGCUCUUCUUCUCUCUCUCUAACUUUUAGUCUUGUUCAUGUUUUGCUGGAUUUCUACUCUUUCUAUACAAUUUUGAUAUAUCAUAUAUAUAUUAUCUAUAUAUGUUCUGUUUCUGAAACUGUUUUUGGAUACAGGAAUUGGUACGAAAAUGUUGCGAUUUCCUCUCUCCAAUCGAAAACUUCGAAGGAAAAAGUCGCGUGAAAACAUGAAGAAAUUGGACCAGUGACAAGUGUCAGAUGGGCACCGGAUGGAGUACAUCUUGCUGUUGGUUUAAAUAAUUCCCACAUCCAGCUGUGGGACUCUUCAUCUGGUCGGAUGCUGAGGAAUUUGCGUGAUGGGCAUAGUUUAAGGGUUGGUUCACUCGAUUGGAACAAUCACAUCCUUACAACUGGGGGAAUGGACAGUUUGAUCAUAAACAAUGAUGUAAGAAUAAGAUCCAGCAAUGUUGGAACAUAUAGGGGACAUUGUCAGGAGGUUUGUGGACUCAAAUGGUCUGCAUCAGGCCAGCAACUAGCAAGUGGGGGGAAGGACAGUCUCCUCUACAUAUGGCAUAUCUCUAUGACCUCUAAAAAUUCUGCCAAUAAGUGGAUUCACUGCCUAAAAGACCACAGAGACGCUGUGAAAGCUCUUUCCUGGUGUCCUUUCCAGAGUAAUCUGCUUGCCUCUGGUGGUGGUGUAGGAGACCAGUGCAUAAAGUUUUGGAACACCAACACUGGAUCACGCCUGAACUCAGUAAAUACAGGUUCACAGGUCUGUUGCUUGCUUUGGAACAAACAUGAACGUGAGCUAAUGAGCUCUCAUGGCUUCAAUGAUAACCAACUUACCCUAUGGAAGUAUCCUUCUAUGGUCAAGAUUAUAGAUCUUUAUGGUCAUACAUCAAGAGUUCUUCAUAUGGCUCAGAGUCCAGAUGGGGGUACAAUUGCAUCUGCAGCAGCGAAUGAGACACUAUUGUGGAACGUGCUUGGAACUCCUAAAUUGGCCGUGAAUGCUCCCAAAACGAAGCCAGAACCAUUUGUUAAUCUCGCACGCCUCAGGUGAAGAGUCUGUACCUGGAAUGGGUGAUUAAAAGCAUUUUUCUUGGUACAUGCUCCGUUGGAUUUGUGACGAAAUUGGCUAAAAAUUAUUCAAGGGGAAAAAAAACGAAUAAAGAAGUUUGCAUAUUUAAGGUUCCCAUUUAAGAGCAACUGCCAACCAAUAUAUUAGCCCCAUAUCUACAAGCCUUCAUUUUUAAGUCAUCGUCAUCGUCAUCGUCAUCAUCCAUGCCUUUAUCCUACAAUCGGGAUCGACCACAUGGAUUCCUUUUCCACUCUUUUCUAUCAUAAGAUGUUUUUGCAGAAAUGUCAAAGAGCAUAAAGUGUUGAUUUAUAAAAGAUCUAGAACUGAAUAUUACAUUCCCUCCAAAGCUCUAUUUUUGGGUGAUUUUGAUCUUUAACAGCAAGAGAAUCUCACUUAUAUCCAGUCUAUUCCAAAGUCUUCUGCUGAAGCAAGUGAUUGUGCCGAAAGUUUAGAAGCAUUUCAUCUUGAUUAUACUCUGGUCAUAAGCCCUCUCUACAAGCUGUGAAGUACUUCAAAUCCUCUUCUCUGCAAUUUCACAUCUGCUGCAGAUCAAAGUUUAGAAGCAUUUCAUCUUGAUUAUACUCUGAUCAGAAGCCCUCUCUACAAGCUAUGAAGUACUUCAAAUCCUCUUCUCUGUCCUCUGACUGAAAUUGUGUUUUUUCUGACCGAAAUUUUUUUUUUAUUUUUUUAUUUUAUCUUUUUUGUAUAAGUUUGUAAAGCACUAUUGACCUUUAGUUUUAGUGGAAAAACAGUGUGAGUUUGUACUCUGUGAGAUAGAACACUGUGAGUGUGUGAAGAAAAGAGUUGUGUGUGUAAUUCUCUUCACAUAGUGGAUAAGAUUUCAUGCUAAA